UUGCCGCGAAUGGUGCGCUCUCGUAUGCAUGCACACGCAUGGGUCACGCUCCGCACCUGACAGUCUUACAUCCGCACACUUCUGAGUCCACACUUGAGAACAGGAGGGAAACUUAGACAUCGCACCUGCAAAGAAGUUCUUCCGCGCUGCUGCUGCUGCUGCUGCUGCUGCUGCGGACUCUCCGCACCAGGACUUGUUUUACUCCAGAAUCUAAAUCCUUGUUUUCGUUUUUUUUUUUACUCCUAUAAAGCUGCACCACAAAGGCGAAACGGCGACCUCAGUCGAUUACCUUUCUUUCCUUUGCUAUCCCAUGGAUAUUCACUGCAAAGCAGACCCCUUCUCGGCGAUGCACCUGUCCCACGCAGGGCACGGCGGUGUGAACCAGCUCGGCGGGGUGUUCGUCAACGGCAGACCGCUCCCGGACGUGGUUCGGCAGCGGAUCGUGGAGCUGGCGCACCAGGGCGUCCGGCCCUGCGACAUCUCCAGACAGCUACGGGUCAGUCACGGCUGUGUCAGCAAAAUCCUCGGCAGGUACUAUGAAACCGGCAGUAUUAAACCCGGAGUCAUUGGUGGCUCCAAACCAAAGGUUGCAACUCCGAAGGUUGUGGACAAAAUAGCCGAAUACAAGCGCCAGAAUCCAACCAUGUUCGCGUGGGAGAUUAGGGACCGACUACUGGCUGAGGGCGUCUGCGACAACGACACCGUCCCCAGCGUCUCAUCCAUCAACAGGAUUAUCCGCACCAAAGUCCAGCAGCAGUUCCACCCGUCCCCAGACGGAUCUGUCACGCCGCUCUCCACGCCGGGCCACACCAUAGUGCCCAGCACAGCCUCCCCCCCUGUGACCAGCGCCUCCAACAAUCCCGUAGGAUCCUACUCCAUCAACGGCAUUCUGGGUAUCCCCCGCUCCAACGGCGAGAAGAGGAAACGAGACGAUGUUCACUGGAGUGGCAACCACUUGGAUGGGAGGAAAAUAGGACAUUAUGGCUCUGAUGGCUCAGGCCCCGGCAGCGACUCUCAGGGCAGUGUGGAGAGUUUAAGGAAACAUCUGCGAGCGGACGCCUUCACCCAGCAGCAGCUGGAGGCCCUGGACCGUGUGUUUGAACGUCCUUCUUAUCCUGAUGUCUUCCCCACUUCAGAACACAUCAAACCGGAACAGGCAAAUGAAUACUCCCUCCCAUCCCUGAACACCGGCCUGGAAGACGUGAAGCCGAGCCUCUCCACCAGCGCCAGCUCCGACCUUGCUUCCAGUGUGUCCCAGAGCUACUCUGUUGUGACAGAGUCUCACCCAUCUUAUCCACCUUCCAUGUGUGUAAAGCGGGAGCCUCAUGAGGCGUCCUUUGCCCCCUUCACCCCCUCCUCUGUUGGGGACUCUGCUCUAGCUGACAUCUUGUCCCGCCAGUCCAGCCUCUCUGUAGAUGCCUCUACUCCCAGCUACCCUGCUCAUGCCAAUGGCCCCUGCUACAGCCAGUAUGCCAGCCAGCCCUUUAUAGCAGGUCGAGACAUGGCCAGCACCACUUUACCUGGAUAUCCACCUCACGUUCCCCCGACAGGACAAGGCAGCUACCCCACCUCUACACUCGCUGGAAUGGUCCCUGGAGGGGACUUUUCCGGAAACCCUUACUCUCAUCCACAAUACACCACUUACAACGAAGCCUGGCGGUUCAGCAAUCCAGCGUUAUUAAUGCCGCGUCCCGUGGCUCCGCACCUCCCACUGCUGCCGCUGCCUAUGACCGCCACUAGUUACUAUGGAGAGCAGCUCAAACUGCAGGGCGAGGGCUUCGGCCUCCAUAUUGUCCCCGUCUGAGAAACACUGAGGUCAAAGGGAAAGCGAGGUGGAAUCCUAAAGGAAGCCCUGUGAUGUUAUGUGAUGUGGAGGAAGGAAGGAGGGGAGGAAGGAGGAAAGGAGGAAAGAAGGAAUGGCUGAUGGCGGCGCAUCUAGCCCAACUUCAGCGCUUCACACUUUGGGCCAAAAAAAAGGGCCCGUGUGGCGUUUAGAACUUACCCAUCAUGCCCUCAAUCUCUCUCUAUCUCUCACACACACACACACACAGACCUGAAUAUUUCCAGAAUGACUUUAAGAGAUUAUAUAAAUAUAUAUAUUAUAAAGUAUAAAUUGAAGAAAAACCGUGUGAAGAAUACCAUGUGGAAAAAAUUGUUGUGGGUUUUUUUUUUUUGUUUCUUCGUUGCUGUUGUUGUUGUUGUUAUUUUAUUCAUGGAUCCUCACAUUCCUUUUACGUAACGAACUGCAGUGUUUUUCUGCUCGUGAAAAGAGAAGUCCAAGGGAGUUCCACGAUGGUCCCCCAUAGCUUGACAAUGCAGCGGCCUGAGCCAGUGUUGUGGGGCCCCUGUGACACUUACCGAGAUCCUGGCUCCACGAUGUAGGGCGGGCUUUACUCUGGUGCUUCGACGACAUCUUCUGCUCCCAUUUCAGUCCGACACACACAGCAUGUCCCUAUAACGUUUACUGACCCUGUACAGACCACUGGUGACGUCCCACUCCCUGUGGCAAACAAUCAGAUGUAAAAAUGUAAAUCAUUUUUUUCCGAAGUAUUAAAAGAAAAAAAAAGAAAAAAAAAAUGCAGUGAAUGUGGACUCAGAAAAUGGUCUAGCCAGAAUUUUGAAUACUUUAAAUUAUUUUUUUCCUGUCACUACUCAUUUUUAAUGUAAAAGCAACAAAAAAAUAUGGUAUCAAAGAUUUUGCAGAACUGCUGUCAUACUGUUUCCUCUCAUCUCCCGUCACGUCCAUCUCGACGUCCAAAUCAUCUCGCUUUUUUUGCACUAUCGCCUCAGCUUAUCUGAUUUAUUUGGUGCGUUCACAUACAAAUCAAGUUGAAGCAUAACUGUUAAAUAUUUGGGUGUAAAGCAAACAAAGCAGAACAACAUCUUUAUCAUUUUCCUUGGUUAUAUUCCAUUCAGCUGCUUCGUCGUACCAAUAGAUGCCUACACUGAUUAGAAAGCUGUACGCAGUUGAGCUUCAACAAUUGCCUUACAACCCUGUGUUUCCAAGUUAAAGUCAUGACUAUUCAAAGAGAUCAGCUGCCUUUUUCAGAAUCACAUCCACGACUCAACGCUCCACACGGAAGAAAACACUGAUUCAGUUUUGUUUUUUUUGAGAAACAAUAUUUUGUGAAUGUACUUUUAACUACAUUUGCCAAAGACUUAGUUUGAUAUUUAAUAUUUUAUUUACAGUAUAUGUAUGCAUAAGUAAAACAGUAUUAUCUUUUUUUUUUGAGUACGUAGUCAACACUGAACAUGUAUGCUGUGACUAUUCAACAAACCACACCAAUGAGGUUGAAAAUUCAGUGACUCAAUAUUCCAACGGCUGCAACUAAAAUGCUGCUUUGUAGAAUGAUUUGUGAAUAAUGUGAAGACAAUUCUUCUAUGUAAAUAAUAUCACACACACACACACACCAUCGCAGUAUCAUUCCAAUGUACUGGCUCCCUUUGUAGAUAUACAAACAGGAAAAAAAAAGAAAACGUGCAUUACAUUAUGUGUCCUAAUGUAAUGUUGUGCUCCGAUGAAGUGCGCAGCUAUUAUCGCACCUGCGGAAACGUCAGUCACAGGUUUUCAGCAGCUAACGUCCCAUACACUAGACUUUGUCUUUGUCGUUUAAUUUUAAUUUUUCAUGAUGUUGUCAUGAUCAUGAUGAUGUUUUAUGUCACUAUGCAAUGAGUUCAAUGGCUUUCUGUAUCAUCUUUUGUUGUCGGGCUCUGAAACAAGUAACCCCUGCCCCCCCCCCGUGAAAAACAGCAUAAAAG